UUCCUGUUGACUUCUCUCACAACAAAACAAAUAACAAGGGAUGUCGUGUAGUGAUAAGUAUUAUUUCAUGUUAGUUAAAAAUUUCUGAUUUGUCCCUCGUGAGUAUAAAGUUGUCUUUAUUAGGAAAAGCUUUGUCCUAUAUGUGGAACGUCUAAGCUUUAACUUAGCUUAAACUUAGUCGGACCUCAAUGCAGAUACCGCCAUGUUAGACUUCCCUUUAUUUCAUCAAUAAAACGUUUUCCUACUUCUUUGUUCCUUCAUUUUCUUCAGUUUUUCAUCACUAUAUUUCUAUGAACUUUGACAGCAGCUGAUCAGUUUGCCUCUACAAUCUCUCUUUUCGACUCGAAAACCAGCAAAUUCAGACCUUUAAUUCACUGAUCAGAAGGACUUUUGGUUGGCAUCGUAUAGUGGUGAUUGUCGGUAGUGAUUGAUGGUCGUUGUGGUAAUACAUGGUUGACGGUGAUGAUGAGUGAUCGCAGUGGUUGGUGUCAUAUAGUGAUGAUUGUCGGUAGUGAUUGAUGGUCGUUGUGGUAAUACAUGGUUGGUAGUGAUGAUUGUAAAUGAUGGUUAGCGAUCGUGAUUGUGAGUGAUGGAAGGUGGUAAUUGAUAAUGCUAGCAGCGACAACGAUUAGCAGUGAGUUUUUACUCGUGUACUUUAGUUAGUCCUCUCACAUUGUUUUCUAUGCUGUAACAGUUGAUCUGGCGAAAUGGAUAGACCGGAGAUUCUACGCAGUCUCUUUAUUACUGUGUUGGUCGUACUUCUACCGGGUACAUCAGUAGCUGAACCAAGAGCUGAGAUAGUCCAGUUCACAUGUGGAAAAGAAUCGACGAGAAUUGCCAUUCAAAAUUAUGUUGGUACAUUGGAAAUCCUAAGUGAACAAAUGGGAACUAGAGGAUACGGGAUCGGAGUUACUGGGACUCAACCAAAUGCUACCUAUGGAUUUGGACAAUGCUAUGGUGAUCUUUCUUUACUGGACUGUGUCUUAUGCUACUCAGCAGCGCGAAAUGUCUUUGCUGACUGCUACCCUAUUAACGGAGCGCGACUUUAUCUUGAUGGUUGCUUUAUGCGAGCGGAUUAUUACAAGUUUUAUGAUGAGUAUUUAGGUCCAGCGGACAGGCGUAUAUGCGGAAACAGGACCACAAAGGGUGCGUUGUUCCAACAGAACGCUAGGCAAGCUGUUCAGCAAGUGGUUGCAAAUGCACCGAGUAAUAAUGGAUCCGCGCGUACUCAAGUGUCGGUGCCUGGUUCUUCCAAUGAUACAGUUUAUGUUCUCGCUGAUUGCUGGAAGACGUUGAGCGCAAACUCCUGUACAGCAUGUUUGCGAAAUGCAUCUGCCUCUAUGUUGGGAUGCUUACCUUGGUCUGAAGGUAGAGCUCUGUACACCGGAUGCUUCAUGAGGUAUUCUGAUACGAAUUUUCUCAAUGCUGUUUCCACCGGUGGUGGCUCGUCAUCAAGAGGAAAAGUUGUAGUCAUUGUCAUUGUUGUUAGUUCCGUUAUCGUUUUGGGAGUAGGUGCGUUCAUUGGUAUUGGCGUCUGGAAGAAGAAACAAAUCCAGAAGAAGAGAAAAGGUGCAAAUGAUGCUGAGAAACUAGUGGAGAUCCUUCAUGACAUCAGCUUGAACUUCAAGUAUUCGACACUUGACAAAGCCACGGGGUCAUUUGAUGAGGCCAACAAGCUCGGACAAGGUGGAUUUGGCACGGUUUAUAAGGGUGUUUUGGCAGACGGGAGAGAGAUCGCUGUCAAAAGGCUGUUCUUCAACAACACACACAGAGCGGCAGAUUUUUAUAACGAGGUUAACAUAGUCAGUAGCGUUGAGCACAAAAAUUUGACAAGGUUAUUAGGAUGCAGCUGUUCAGGACCGGAAAGCCUUCUUGUAUACGAGUUCCUCCCUAACCUGAGUCUUGAUUGCUUCAUCUUUGAUCCUAUCAAAGGUAAAGAUCUAAACUGGACGAGAAGAUUCGAGAUAAUUAUAGGAACAGCAGAAGGAUUGAUAUAUCUUCACGAGAACACAAAGACUCGAAUAAUUCACCGAGACAUAAAAGCAAGCAAUAUCCUGUUAGACUCGAGGUUCCGUGCAAAGAUUGCUGAUUUUGGGUUGGCCCGGUCAUUCCAAGAAGACAAGAGUCACAUAAGCACCGUCAUCGCUGGCACAUUAGGAUAUAUGGCACCAGAAUACUUGGCACGCGGUCAGUUAACGGAAAAGGCAGACGUUUACAGCUUUGGAGUUCUUCUACUUGAGAUUGUUACUGGAAGACAAAGUAACCAGAGAAACAACGCCGUAUAUACAGUCAGCUUAGUUUCCACUGCGUGGGAGCACUUUCAACGCGGGACAGUGGAGGAAAUAUUCGAUCCAAAUCUCAUGUUGCACAACAACUACACCAUCAAUGAGGUUACGAGAGUCUUACAUGUCGGACUUUUGUGCACUCAAGAGAUCCCAACGUUACGGCCAUCCAUGUCUAAGGCAUUACAGAUGCUUGUCAAGAAAGAAGAAGAGUUGCCUUCACCGACUACUCCGCCAUUCAUGGAUGAGAAAACCAUGGAACUUCAUGAUCCUUGGGAUAAGUGCUCGCUUAAACAUGGCGAUUCUGCUACGGUUGCCAUGUUAUCUCACAGUUCUUUUUACCCCAGAUGAUGGUAUCCCAGAAACUGAAGUAUAAGUUAUAGGCAUACUAUAUAGAUAAAACGGUUUAAUCGGCUUCAACUAGCAACUAAACACUCCAACGUUGAAUAUGCACAUCCAGACACCUAUACUCGUCUCUAUUGUGUCAGCUAUCUGGACACCUCCAAAAUUUAUGUGUGACAUUAUCAUAAGGUGUCCAUGAAGCAGCAGCGGGUAUGAGUUAAGAGCGUUUAGUUGCCAGUUGAAACCAAGUUGCGAUGUCAAAGUUGGAGUGUUUACUUACCAAUUGAGCUCAAGUUUAAGUGUCUGGUUGUGCAUUAUGCCUAAAUUACAGACAUCGUUGCGCUUCGUGUUCUUGAAGUAGACUUCAUCGUGAUCGAGCUAUCAGCUGCAACAACAACGUCUCAGUCCCAAAUAAGUUGGAAUCAGCUAUAUGUCAGUACACUCGUCUCCAUUGUGUCAGUACACUCUCAAACUUACAAACUGAUGAUCCAGACACCUCCAAAAUUUAUGUGUGACGUUAUCAUCAAGGCGUCCAUGAAGCACAAAGGGUACGAGUUAGAGUGUUUAGUUUCCAGUUGAAACCAAGUUGCGACGUCAAAGUUGGAGUGCUUACUUGCCAGCUCAUCAAGUCAAGUUUAAGCGUCUGGUUAUGUAUUACGCCUAAAUUAUACUAGACAUGAUCAUUUCGCUUCGUGUUGUUGAAGUAGACUUCAUCGUGAUCAAGCUCUUAGCUACGACAACAACUACGCCUCAGUCUCAAACAAGUCGAGACAGGUUAUAUGAAUCCUCACUAUUCCAUUUAGCUCAAAUCAUGAUUGAACAUUUAGUUGCUUUAAUACAUAAUGUUUUUUUCCAAUGCUAAUAGUAAAUAACUAAUGUUGAC